AUGGAGCUUGUGAUAGAACCAGUUAAGCAGCAUAGGCGCCAAACUCUGUCCACCCAGGUACGUGAGGGCAGGCAACAAGCAGAGGAGAAAGCCCGUUGUGUAGAUAAGCAAACUGUCGACUGGAGCAACAAAUCCUUUGCAACAAUUCGAUUGCCAGAGCAAAAAACCACUAAGUACGAGGAUUGCUGGAGUUCGUUUUCUGAUACGUAUACUGACAUUGUGACGUCUGAAUUCAUAGAGCAAAUCGAGAAACAAACUAAAGAACAAAUCCGGAUUAAUGAACUCCCAAGGCAAAGCACUACACCUACAGUCGUCAACAUAAAUCCACCUUCACCAGAGCGGUCAACUGUCAAUCAGAGAGCCUUCAAAAAAUUAGCACAACCCCGAACGUAUCGAAAAGGAUAUCUGCCAACCAGUACAGUAUUGUCUCCGACAUUUGCAUUUUGCAAUAGAAGAUACCUAGAGCACAGUCUCUCAAAGAACACAGAAUCACCAAAAUCAGAGAAGAAACGUGCGGAGAUUAUGUCCUGCAAACGAUUAGCUCAUUCAACGGAUAUAGCCAUUCACUGGCAUAAAUAUGGCGAGCAUACAGAGUCAGUUCUUCAUAUAAACGCUUUUAGCCAUUACGCAGAGCCACGUAAGGCGUCUUAUGCUACAGGGACCAUAGAGAAAUCCGAGAAAGCUCUGGAAUAG